AAUUAAAGAAUCUUCCUUUACAUGGUAAUCGUAUCCAACAAAAAGGAAUUGAUUCCCAACCAAAUUAGGACAUUUUGCUUCUCAUGUUCCAACAAACAUACAUGUAUUUAGUUGCCAACCUGGAAAACUGGAACUUCUCCAGAGGGGUUUUCUUUGCCAAAAGUUUUCUACUCGGAAAGACAGAACUGUUACAACAAUAUUCCUGUCAAACUGUAGAAGGCAUCCUUAAGAAGCUAAGGAAACCGUCCUGUAAAGCCUAAUACAGACUUUAACUACAAGACAAUCAAUCUCUCAUGCCAAGAAUCCUCUUCUUCCACCCCCAACAUUACCUCCCUUUCUUUCCUAUUACCUUAUACCAUUUAUAACAACGCUCCCAACCACAAUGGAAAUCCCUGAAAAACAGAAGUCGAUACAAUUUUUGCAAUGGAGGCGUCUGUUCAAUCCACAGAGAUUGUGUUCUUUGACUUGGAAACCACGGUACCUGGUAGAACAGGCCAAGGGUUCUGCAUUUUGGAGUUUGGUGCAAUUGUAGUUUGCCCGAGAAAACUUAUCGAGCUAGAGAGCUACAGCACCCUCAUACGCCCCAAGGACUUGUCUAUUGUUGCAUUGAGGUCCAGUCGAUGCGAUGGCAUUACUAGGGAAACUGUGGCAAAUGCACCUGAGUUUGAGGAAGUAGCUGAAAAAAUAUUUGGCACUUUGAAUGGCAGGAUUUGGGCAGGACAUAACAUACAAAGAUUUGAUUGUGUUCGUAUAAAAGAGGCCUUUGCGCAGAUUAACAGGCCGCCUCCUCUAUCUGCUGGAAUGAUUGAUUCUUUAGGAAUCCUAGCUGAGAAGUUUGGAAAAAGAGCUGGAAACAUGAAGAUGGCAAGUUUGGCAGAGUACUUUCGGCUGGGGCAACAGAAACACAGGAGCCUUGAUGAUGUUCGUAUGAAUUUGGAGGUUCUUAAGCAUUGUGCAACUGUGCUAUUUCUGGAAUCAAGCCUUCCUAGCAUAUUGAAUGGAAGUUGGCAUACGCCUCCUACCAUAACAACGCGAAGCAGAAGUCAAGGUAAAUUGCAUUGCAGAGAAGAACCCUACAGCCGGAAAUCUCCUACAACUUCUUCAGCAGGAUACCAAAGAACAGUUCCCUACACAAGGGGAAGUUUGGGAAAGAUGACAGAAAGGGUGAAGAAUCUAUUGUGUAAAGCACAAGGAAACCAGCCUCUAAACAAUUUGCUCAAGCAUUCUCAUUCUCUUCUCCGAUGAGGAAGUUAAAGUAGGUGAUUGUGGCAGAUGAUGACAUUGCGGAUCCUUGUUUCACUUCACGUUUCAUUGAAGAUGGCAGAAUUUCAGGUAUAGUAGUUGUUUGGAUGGGCAGAAAGAAAGAAAGAGGCCUAACAAGGAAGCCUGGAGAACGAAAAUUAAGCAUGCUGUACAAGAGGCCUCCUGUUUCUUCAUUUGAUGAAUUCUGUCAAGCAGAAAGGGGAAACUUGGAGAUGCUUUGGAUUCAAUACAACGUGAACACAUAAUCUGUAAAUUCAUCUAGUUCAUUGAUUAUAUCCUCCAGGCAUUAUUAUUAUUAUUAUUUUCAUUUAUAACAAACCUACUUGUUUUGUAAUAAUUUCAGUAACUUACG